AUGAUUUUAUUAUUUAUUGGGUUGUAAAUCCAUUGGAUCGGUUUGGUCUCGACAUGCGUUGGUCGUUUCUGGUUGCAAGAGUAGCCCAUUGGUUUGCGAAUGAAGUUAUUGUGAAGAAACUUGCAAACAGUGAAGCUUUCCAAAGGUUUGCUGUUCGCUCCUCACAGUCCAUAGAAGAAUUGGUACGAAAAGGAGAACAAAGGUUGACUCAGACAAAGGGCAAAGAAGGCCUGGCUGGGAUGAAUUCCGUAGUGGUUAUGCAAAGACUAGCAGAAAAGUUGGCAAACUUACGGAUGAAAUCGCAAAGUUUUUCGGAGGCCUUGAAGGAAGAAGUAAAACGCUCUGUAAGGAAGUAAUAGGAAGAUUUGAGUAUCUUGUACAAAGUCUUAUAUGAAUAAAUUAUUUUUCGACAGC